GCCCCCGCCCCCGCUCCGCGCCAAUUCCCGCCACCAACCCACCGCCGGCGGCUAUGGACAUGUCGGCGAUCGCCGCCCGCCUCGGCCUCUCCGGCUCCCGCCCCGUCGUGCGCAAGGCCGCCGAGCUCCGACGCCUCUGCGACAUCAACUUCGACUCCUCCGUCCUCGGCAUCGUGAGCAUCCUGCACCGCCCCUCGAAUCACCUCCUCUCCCUCGACCUCUCUGUUGCACGUGUCUCUGAUGCUGGUUUCGCGCAGGGGGAGGUGUGCAAGGCCAUCAUCUGCCUCGAGAUCACCGCGACCAAGUUUCAGGUGAUAUUUGAUCGGUCAGAGGCGGUGCGGAUGAGUGGGAUGUCGGAGAAGGCAUACAUCAGAUCGUUCAACGCACUGCAAAAUGGCCUUGGCGUCAAGACGACAUUGGAUGUGCGUGAAUUGGGCAUCCAGUUUGGCUGUGUCAGGCUGAUACCUUUUGUGCAGAAGGGAUUGGUGCUGUACAAGGAGCGUUUCUUGGCUGCAUUGCCUCCUCCUCGGCGCUCAAGCACAGACUUUGGUCGGCAGGUGUUUACUGCAGCAGCGUUCUAUUUAUGUGCAAAGAGGCAUAAGCUCAAAGUUGACAAACUGAAGCUAAUUGACCUGUGUGGUACAUCUAGCUCUGAAUUUACAACGGUUUUGACAUCUACGGGAGACAUUUGUUUUGAUGUUUUUGGGAUAGCCAAGGAGAAGAAAGACCCAACCUCCAUCAAAGGAAAUAGAAAACUGCUGGAUGUUUUGCCUAGCAAAAGGAAACAUGAGGAUGACAGCGAUCAUUCCGAUGAAUCAUCGGGGGAUGACAAUGAUGAUGAGCUAGAUCUACCAACCCACAAAAGGCACAAGAAGAUGGAGAAACAAGCGUACAAUCAGUGGAAGUCUUCAGUCAUCUCCACCAACAAGCAAACCAAACCAGGAAACAAGCUCAGCUCAACUUCAAGAAGAAACUGCCAGACGCCGCCUUGGAAGUACCACCACCAGCUAACUAAAUUAGCAUGAAAGGAAUGGAGCUAGCCCUUGAUGCAAAAAGGGCACUUCUGGCUCCACCCCUCUCCGUUUUUUUUUUGAAACGGAGGCAAAAGAUUUGCAUCAUAUAUUAAAUGAGGAGGAGAAAGAGUUUGUUACAACACAGUGCCAAGAAACGGCAUGGCAAUUACUCUCGCAAUAAGAAAGACCCUAAAUUUUUCGCCCCGGCUUUAACCUAAAGGUUGGACUCUUCGAUCACAUUGUUUAGCAAGACACGCGGAGGGGCACUCUUGUGUCUAAACACCCUUGCAUUACGCUCAUUCCAGA